CAACUUUGAACCCAUUAAAGUCUUCUUUGACUUUCUUUUUUUGGGAGCUAAUAAUAAUUAGGGGUCAGCCACACUAUCUGAGAUUACGAGGACAGAAAGAGAGCAGCAGAUAAGAGAGAACAAGUCACAAAACAUGAGCUGAAAUGCUCAUCACGUUUUUCUAGCAGGCAGUAGCGGAACAGUUCUGUUUCCUAGAGAUUGAACCGUUGGAUCGCCGUGAUUUUUGGACAGCAGCUUCACAGCAUCUGGGCCAACAUUCUGGACGGUGGAGAUCGGGUUUUGAGGUCUGGAGGUUGGGUUUCGUUGGUCUGGACAGUAGCUAUUUUUCUGGUGAUAUUGUUUCUUAUCUUGGCUCUAUUUGAUUCCAUACACCUUGAUGUGCUUACUUCCAAGGAUAUGAUGAUUUUGUAUGCCUCUAGUAAUAUCUAGAGAAGACUUUGUAUUGCUCCUUUGAUGAUGAUAGUAGAUUUAAGUGGCCAAAAUGGUCCCAUGGUUUUUCCCUAGUUAACGGGUUUUCCACGCUAAAAUUCCGGUGUUUUUGUGUGGUGUGUGCUUACUGCUUUAGUUGAUUAUAUUGGGGUGGCAGCAAUAUUGUGUGUGUUCUAAUUGCAUUAAGAACACCCUAUUUGUUUGCAUCCUCAAAGGUUCAUUCAAGUUGGGAAAGUUUAGCCAAACGGAGAUUAAUUCCGCAUUUUAUUAGUUACCGUUUGUGGCUGUUUUUCCCAUCGAAUUGGUAUCAGAGCCAGGUUCUUCUGUAUUGGGUUAGACUUGUUUGAAUUAUGCAAGCAAACACAAGUAGGAUGAUCAAUUUGAAUGGUUCUAAUUAUCAUGUUUGGAAAGGCAAAAUGGAAGACCUACUUUAUGUGAAGGAUUAUUAUUUGCUUGUGUUUACUACUGAUAAAACUGAGAGUAAAACAGAUGCAGAGUGGAAUAUUUUGCAUAGACAGGUUUGUGGUAUAUUCGCCAAUGGGUUGAUGAUAAUGUUUUGAACCAUAUUAGCGGGGACACUAAUGCUCGCAGUUUGUGGAACAAGCUUGAACUGUUGUAUGCUCGAAAGACCGGGAACAAUAAACUGUUCUUAAUAAAACAGAUGAUGAGCUUGAAAUACCAUGAUGGAACUCCUGUCACUGAUCAUUUGAAUUCUUUUCAGGGAAUCAUAAAUCAACUUGCAGGAAUGGGUAUCAAGUUUGAAGAUGAGAUACAAGGCUUGUGGCUCCUUGGCACUUUAACAUACUCAUGGGAGACUUUUAGGACAUCAUUGUCCAACUCUGCACCAGAUGGUAUUAUCACCAUGGAAUUAGCUAAAGGCAGUGUUUUAAAUGAAGAGAUGAGAAGAAAGUCACAAGGUUCCUCUUCACAUUCUGAUGUCUUAAUUACAGAAAGCAGGGGGAGAAGUCAGAGUAGAGGUCCAGGUAACAAAGGGAAGCAUCGAAGUAAAUCCAAAGGAAAGUUUGCUGAUUUUGAGUGCUAUCAUUGUGGUAGAAAAGGGCACACAAUAUGGUUCUGCAGACACUUGAAAAAGGAGAAGAAGAGCGAUUAUAACAAUCAAAAGAACCAUCAGAAAGAUGAGGGUGGUAAUGACAAUGCUGAAGUUAACACUACUACCGAUGAGUUCCUUAUUUGUUCUGAUCUUGAUAUGGUCAACAUUGCACAUGAUGAUUCCAGUUGGGUUGUUGAUAGUGGUGCUACGUGUCAUGUAACAUCACAGAGGGAUUUUUAUUCAUCUUACACUCCAGGUUUACUUAAUGAUGAUGGUUACAGCAACAACUUUGGUAAUGGAGUAUGGAAACUCACUCGUGGUUCUUUGAUCGUGGCUAGAGGUAAAAGAUGCUCAAAGUUGUACAUGACACAUCCGAAGAUCUUCAAGGAUAGGGUCAAUGUUGUGGUGAAUACUGACAUGACUGAUUUAUGGCAUAAGAGACUUGGUCACAUAAGUGAAAAGGGAAGGUCUCUUUUGUUGAAGAGAAAUGUGUUACCGGGUGUGCAUGAUAUUCAUCUAAAGAAGUGUUCUCACUGUUUGGCAGGUAAACAGAACAGGGUUUCCUUUAAGAGCCAUCCUCCUUCCAGGAAGGAGAGUAUACUAGAUCUGGUGCAUUCUGAUGUUUGUGGUCCUAUGAAGACUAGGACACUUGGUGGUUGCUCCUACUUUGUCACAUUCAUUGAUGAUCACUCCAGAAAGGUAUGGGUUUAUACCUUGAAAUCUAAAGAUCAAGUAUUUGAGGUGUUUAAGCAAUUUCAUGUCUCGGUUGAGAGACAGACUGGAAAGAAGCUCAAGUGUAUUCGGACAGAUAAUGGAGGGGAAUACAUUGGCCCCUUUGAUGCUUAUUGUAGAGACCAUGGUAUUCGACAUCAAAAGAGUCCUCCCAAGACACCGCAGUUGAACGGAUUAGCAGAGCGGAUGAACAGAACUUUGAUGGAGCGUGUCAGAUGUUUGUUGUCACAUGCAGGGCUGCCAAAUUCAUUCUGGGGAGAAGCUUUGAAUACAACGGUACAUGUUAUUAAUCUAACUCCUUGUGUUCAUUUGUCUUUUGAUGUACCUGACAGGGUUUGGAGUGGCAAAGAUGUUUCUUACCGUCACUUGAGGGUCUUUGGAUGCAAAGCUUUUGUGCACAUUCCUAAAGAUGAAAGAUCAAAGCUUGAUGUGAAGUCCAAACCAUGUGUUUUCUUGGGUUAUGUCCAAGAUGAGUUUGGUUACAGAUUAUAUGAUCCAGUCCACAAGAAACUUAUUCGAAGCCGAGAUGUUGUGUUUGUGGAAGAUCAGACCUUGAAAGAUACUGAGAAGAAAGAUACAGUUCCUCAACAUAAUGAUGAUGUUACUGAUUUGGAUCCAGUGCCUCAUCAGCAUGUAGAACCACCUCUUGAUGAUGAUGUUCAGAAUGACGAACAACAUGAUAUUGAUGCUCCAGAACAGUCAGAGGUGAAUGAAGAAUUUCAUGCAGAGAUACCAGUACCAGACGUGCCACCAUUUGUCCCACUUAGGCGGUCUACAAGAGAUCGUCAUCCUUCCACCCGAUUUUCAGCUAAUGAGUAUGUCUUACUCACUGAUGGGGGAGAGCCUGAGUGUUAUGCAGAGGCCAUGGAAGAUAAGCACAAAAGGGAGUGGUUUGAAGCCAUGCAAGAUGAGAUGAAUUCCUUACAUGAGAAUAAUACAUUUGAGUUGGUGAAGUUGUCUAAAGGCAAGAGAGCUUUGAAGAACAAAUGCGUCUACAAAGUGAAGACUGAAGAGCACACCUCACAACCUAGGUAUAAAUCUAGAUUGGUGGUCAAAGGGUUCAGUCAGAGAAAGGGUAUUGAUUUUGAUGAGAUUUUCUCUCCGGUCGUGAAGAUGGGAUCUAUUCGUGUUGUUCUGGGUUUGGCAGCCAGCCUUGAUCUCGAGGUUGAACAGAUGGAUGUCAAAACAGCUUUUCUUAAUGGUGACUUGGAUAAAGAAUUCUACAUGGAGCAACCUGAAGGGUUUCAGGUUAAGGGAAAAGAAGGCUAUGUGUGUAGACUUCAAAAGAGUCUUUAUGGGUUGAAGCAAGCAUCAAGACAGUGGUACAAGAAGUUUGAGUCAUUUAUGGGGAAGCAAAAUUACCGAAAGACUACUUCAGACCAUUGUUUUUUCUUCCAGAGGUUUGGUGAUGAUGAUUUCAUCAUUUUUGUCACUCCCAGACCGCAAUCUAAGUGCGUGUACAACCGCCGUAUAAUCAAGUGACGUCACCCGCGGGUCAACCUCACUUAAUCAUACAAGGCGUUCGAGAAUACAAUCCAUCCAUACUCAGUAGUAAACAUACAAAACAACAUCACAAUUAAACCAUUGAAUAGCGGAAAUAUUCAACGGUGAUUCAUAAGCCACAUCCGGCCAAUAACAUGGGCAUGCAAACCCAAAAGUACUUUAUAACAGAUAAAAAUAUCCAUGAGCAAUGUUUAGUAUUUUGAAAGAAAAUGAGGAAGCACGAACCACGUCUUCCUUGAAUUUGAUGUCACUCCGAAGGGAUCAGUACAAGUACCGAGCGAGUAGCAGGCUAAAUAUAGAAUAACUAGCGUUUCAAGUAUAAGACCCAAACAUAGGGUGAUACUUAUAUAAAUAGUCUUUUCUCCUAAGUUAAGAAAUACUUAUUAGUAUGUAUACACUUGGAAAAUAUCUGAUCCGUAGAUCACCGUUUUAUUUGGGAAAAUAGUAAUAGUCAAUAUUCUUGAGUAAAAACC